AUGGCGGAUCUGGGAGCCCAGCAAGGACGGGGCUACCGGCCUGGAGCUUCUCGUGGCCCUGCUUCGUCCUUCCAGCGAGAUGCUGCCUUUUCUGAGAUUUUCGGAGGCACGCCGCCUCCAGGCCGGUCUCAGACGAUGACAUCGCAAACGCCACAGUUCAACCAGGAGCGCGCACAUACAAUGACCUCGCACCCGUCUGACUCCUACUCGCAGUCCCGGGGACCUCCCCAGCCUAUGCGACAGUCUCGUGGCGGAUAUUCGCCAAAUCCGCCAGCGGAAUACCACAGGCCCCAAUGGCAACCCAACGGCUCGGGGCCUCCCCCACAGCACCGCGCACCUCCCCCUCCCCAUCCCCAGCAGCGCCCUAUGCACCCGCAGAACCCUCAGCAAUAUCCGCCGAGCAUGCAGCGACCUUACCCUGGCCGACCUCAGUACCCGCACCCUCAACGCCUGGACUCACGGCCAGGGCCGAUGCCUCCUCCUCAAUUCCAGCAACCGAACCCCCAGAAUCGACCUCUACCUCCGCCCGCUCUGAACUCGGAUCAGUAUAGAUCACGUUCAAUGGCAAGACUCGGAGGCCCUCCUUCGUACCAAUCGCCACAAUCACAGUACCCGCCUACCCCUGUCAAUGCUUUCCGCCAGCAAUCCUAUCAUUCCAUGGGAUCUAGGACAGCACAGGGCCGCAUAGUGCCAGAGAGACACGACAACGAACGGGCCAUGUCGAUGAGCUCUUAUUCUGCAGACCGCGACCACGCCCAAACGAUCAGCUCUGGAAGGGUUGUGCCGAAUAGAAGGAGAGAGUCGGCCUUGGACCGUGAGCGAGCUGGAGGCAUGGACCGCCAGUUCAUGGAGUCUCCAGUUUCCAUGCAACCAACUAUUGACGAACCUAUCACUCCUGCACACUCCGGCCACCACGUCCUUCCUCCGCAGCAAGAUCUUCAGUUACGUGUUAGACACCCGAGUGAAAGCUCGGUUAAUUCACGUACUUUAUCUAUGGCGUCAACUGUCACCCCAGAACGAAACAACAGCUUGCAAAAGCCUCUCCCAACGAAAUCAGCCAACAACUCGAUGGCAGGGCCUCCUCCGCCAGCGGGUACUGCUCACCGCAGGACCCCGCUUGCAUAUCCUGCUCUCCUAUCUCGGGUAGCUGCUGUAUUUAGGGAACGAGUCGCGGUCGGGGAACGUAUCAAGAAUGACCUGGCUUACACGAACGCCUUUACUGGUGCAGAAGCAGUUGACUUGAUAUCGUACAUUAUCAAGACGACAGAUCGCAAUCUGGCUCUCCUCCUUGGUCGAGCCUUGGAUGCCCAAAAGCUGUUCCAUGACGUUACCUAUGACCACCGAUUGCGAGAUGCACCCGGCGAGCUCUACCAGUUUAGGGAGACGAUGGGUGAGGAAUCUCCCGUCAACGAUGUCAAUGGUGUCUUUACGCUCUUGACCGAGUGCUACUCCCCAACCUGUACCAGAGACCAGCUAUGUUAUUCAAUUGCUUGCCCCCGACGACUAGAGCAACAGGCACGACUGAAUCUCAAGCCCCAGCCUGGACUAAGACCAUCUGCCUCCAAGGGCAGUCUCCAUGACCAGGAAGAUAACGAUGACCAGAAACUGUGGAUCAACAUGGUACCCAAGGAGGUGGCUGAUAGCCUUGACGACCGUGAGAAGAAGCGACAGGAGAUUAUCUUCGAGCUUAUGUAUACCGAACGUGACUUUGUAAAGGACUUGGAAUACUUGAGGGACUUCUGGAUGCGCCCACUGCGCUCGCUGAACAACUCUAACCUUUCUCCCAUCCCUGAGCAUCGCCGAGAAAAGUUCAUACGCACGGUAUUCGGAAACUGUCUAGAAGUGCUGGGUGUCAACUCUAAGCUAUCCGAGGCAUUAAACACCCGGCAAAAGGAGAACCAGGUUGUGCAGACAAUUGGCGACAUCUUCCUUCAAUUUGUGCCCCGUUUCGAUCCAUUCAUUAGAUACGGAGCCAACCAGCUUCAUGGAAAAUAUGAGUUUGAAAAGGAACGAUCCUCCAACCCGGCCUUUGCCAAAUUCGUUGAAGAGACGGAGCGCUUGAAGGAGUCCCGAAAGCUUGAGUUGAACGGUUAUCUUACGAAGCCUACGACCCGAUUAGCAAGAUAUCCACUGCUGCUGGAAGGUGUGGCCAAGUAUACUGCCGAUGACAGCCCAGACAAGGAAGACAUCCCCAAGGCUAUUGUCUUGAUCCGAGAUUUCCUCUCUCGAGUGAACACUGAGAGUGGAAAAGCAGAGAACCACUUCAAUCUCGUUCAAUUGAACUCUGCGUUGAAAUUCACCCCCGGCGAUUACGUUGAUCUGAAGCUUACAGAGGAGAACCGAGUGAUGUUGAUUAAGAUGGCAUUCAAGAAGGGACCUACUGAUUCAGCAGAGGUCACCGCCUACCUAUUCGAUCAUUCCGUCCUACUAGUUCGAAUAAAACCUGUGAAUAAGCGGGAGGAGUACCGAGUAUAUAAGAAACCAAUCCCGCUUGAACUUCUUGUCAUCACCCAGAUGGAAGAAGUCCUGCCUAAAUUAGGUAUCCACAAACGUCCCACUGCUGCCGGCCUCAUUCCAGGAGGGAGGGCGGUUAACGCUACUCCUACUUCAGCCAAGGAUGGGCUUCCCGUUACCUUCCGCCAUCUGGGCAAAGGUGGUUACGAUAUAACUCUCCAUGCAACGUCACAGACCCAGAGAAAACGGUUUAUCGAACUAGUUGAAGAGCAGCAGCGGAAAUUACGAGAGAGAAAUAGCAAUUUCUACUCGAAGACUACUCUUUGCGAGAACUUCUUCAGCGCCGUUAACAGAAUCAACUGCUUGGUUCCUAUUGAUGGAGGACGAAAGCUGGUAUACGGAACGGAUAAUGGCAUUUACGUUUCCGAACGUUGGCCAAAGGACAAAACAUCAACGCCAAAACGUGUUCUUGAAGCUAGUGCGGUGACCCAGAUCGAUACUUUGGAAGAAUAUCAAUUGCUUCUGGUGCUAGCCAACAAGACUCUAAGCUCCUACCCGCUUGAGGCAUUGGAUACAAACGAUAACCAGAGCGCUAUGGUGCGACGGCCCAAGAAGAUUCAAGGGCAUGCCAAUUUCUUCAAGUCCGGUAUCGGCUUAGGCAGACACCUGGUGUGCUCUGUAAAGACGUCAACUUUAUCAACGACCAUCAAGGUUUUCGAACCUAUGGAGAACCUUGCAAAGGGCAAGAAGAAGCCUCUAAGCAAAAUGUUCCAGAGUGGUCAAGAUGCAUUGAAACCAUUUAAGGAAUUCUACAUCCCCGCUGAAUCAUCCUCUGUUCACUUCCUAAGAUCAACCCUCUGUGUCGGCUGCUCCCGUGGCUUUGAGGUCGUCAGUUUAGAAACUACCGAGAGACAAUCCCUGCUAGACCAAGCCGAUACAUCUCUUGAUUUCGUCGCGAGAAAAGAAAACGUCAAACCCAUUCAUAUUGAAAGACUUAACGGAGAGUUCUUACUCAACUAUUCAGACUUCUCCUUCUUCGUCAACCGUAACGGGUGGCGAGCUAGACCAGACUGGCGAAUUGCCUGGGAAGGUAACCCUACAGCUUUCGCCCUCUCUUAUCCCUACAUCCUCGCUUUUGAACCUAGUUUCAUUGAGAUUCGACAUCUUGAAACGAGUGAAUUGAUCAUAUAUGCGUAUGAAGACGAAGCCGGAGAAGAUGUCGUCACUAGCCUUGAUUUCUGGAACAAGCCUGCAUAA